AUGGCGUCAGACAUCGGUUUUUCCCUCCCUACCUCCCCCCACAGCGCUUUCUCCACGGACACAGACCACUCCCCCGCAAAGCCGCUCAUGCAGGACAUCUUAAACCCCGCACUCAAGCGCGGCCGUUGGAUCAUCCACCCUUACCACCCCCGAUACAUUCAGUGGCAAUACGUCAUCAAUGCAUUGGUUUUCUGGAGCUCCUUCUCGGCGCCCUAUAUCUGGGCCAUGCUGCCGGACCCCACUUUGGGAUGGUGCAUAUACGAGGCGGUUGCCGGGGCGUUGCUUGCAACUGAUAUGGUCAUCAGGACGGGGUUUCUGGCCUACAUCGAGAGGGAGAAGUAUCAGCUGGUGGAGGACCGUAAGAAGAUCGCUGUCAGGUACCUGCGCUACGGAUUUUGGCUGGACCUCGCCUCCUCCAUCCCCUUCAACCUGUUUUGGUACAUGGCAACCGGUGCCCCUGCCCCUGGUCGGGGGGGUGACGUCAUCCGCUUCCUGGCGUGCCUGCGCAUCUACCGCCUCCCGCAGGUGUUCCACGUCAUCAGCCGCCUCGCCAAAGAGACGUUCUGGAGCUACCUCACCGCGCGCCUCGCCAAGCUGAUUCUCAUCGUCGUCAUCGGGUGCCACUGGGCCGCCUGCCUGAUGCACUUCACCGCCUACAUCGAGUUCGUCACCUCGGGGGAUCCCUCUGGAAACAUCUUUGGCAACGUGGACGAAAACUUCUUCGUCAACUGGUCGACUUUCCACCGCUAUAACGCGGCCUGGUACUUCUCGGUUAACACGGGAACUAGUUUGGGCGCAUGCGUCUACAUGCCGGUAACGACGUUCGAGCGCGGGUGGACGCUGUUCUACGGGAUAUAUAGCAUGUCGUUGUUCGCAUACGCGAUUGGGAGCUUGACCCUGCUGCUGGUUAAGGACUCGGACCUGGCGGGGGAGUACCACGAGAAGCUGGACAACCUGAACAGAUACGCCGCGCACACUCGUCUGGAUCCUAAGCUGGUGGAGGAGCUGCGCGCGUACGCGCGCAUGGACAUGUGGCUCAGCAAAGAAAAGCCGUGGCUGCGCAACAUGCUCCCGGGCCGCCUGGGGGGGCGCAUCAACCGCUGGCUCUACACCCCCCUCGUGGAAUCGACGUACCUCUUCCAGAGCUGCUCGCGCAAGUUUGUUUCUCAACUGUUAACCGAGGUUUCCUCUGAGGUGUACCUCCCCGACACGGUCCUGCUCCAGGAGGGACAGGUGGCGACCCACCUGUACAUCGUCGUCUCCGGGACGCUGGUGCGCGAGGACCCCCGCACCGGGCAGCCCAUGAACUCCAUCAGCCGCGGCGGCGUGUUCGGCAAGGUUGCAGUGCUGACGAAUGCGCGGCAGCUGUUCACGGUGCGCACCACCAGCCUGACGACCGUGCUGAAACUAGAGCGGGACAAUCUGACGGACAUCUUGCGGACGUACAUGAAGGACGCGCGCCAGGUGUACUACAACCUCAAAGUGCGCGUCUCGGACGGCAGCCCGCUGACGUCACCGGCUGCGCGCGAGCACCACGCGAUGGCGGCCCAAAUCCAGGAGCUGCUCGCGCAGCACGACAUCGAGAUCGGCGCGGCCGCGUGCGACGCGGCCGCCAGCGGUAGCCUCGAAACCCUGCGCCAGAUCCUGCAGGGGCACGACUGCCCGGACGUCCUCUUCCUGGCGGACAGUCAGGCGCGGACGCCGCUCCACCUCGCGGCCGCUCGGGGACACACGGAAUGCGUCAAGACGCUCAUCAACCAGGGCGCUGACGUCAACGCCAAAGACUAUCUUGGAAGCACCCCGCUGUGGGAAGCAAUCAGAAGCGGCCACGUGCCCUGUGCAACCGCUCUCCGCAACGCGGGGGCGGAGCUCCUUCUGGAAGACGAGGGAGGCGAUCUGUGCGCGGCUGCGGCUGCCGGCGACAUCAGCCUGCUGAAGAGGUUGCUGGGCUGCGGCGUCUUUGUAAACGCCCGGGACAGCACGGGCCAGACGGCCCUCCACGUGGCUGCCAGGAAGGGCAACCUGCCGCUCGCGCGCAUGCUCGUCGCGGCGGGCGCGGACUCGCGCCAACUCAAUGACGUCAGGAAGUCGCCGGUAGACGAGGCCAAGGCGCAGGGCGACCGUCUGCUGGCUGAGUUCCUUCAACGCUAG